UAAAAAACAGGAUCUCAUAGUGACAGCCAAACUGAUAGUCACCGGCCCACGAGCGCUUGGAAUAGACAGCUUAAAACAGUGCGGUUUAAGGCAAGACAAAAUCCAGGGCGUUGCAAACGGGCGGGCAGUUAGCUAGUUACCUACGAAGACUAAAUUAAAAAAACAAAUCAGAGCAGGCGGCGCCAUGAAACAUCAUGCUGUCAGUCGCAGAAUUUAAUAAUAAUAAAAAAACAACUCCCAAAAAAAUAUAAUUGAGAAAUCGAGGAAGCGCUAACGUUGUACCACACAAAUACACGACAAGAAAAAGUCUAAACGUUACUAUAAGCUUUCCUUGAAUUCAAUCCGUACAAGUGUUUGUUCAAAGCUUGUCUUUCGGAUUUCCAUAAUAUCUUUAUCCACGCCAACAGCUGUCUCUCAUGUCUCAACCGCUUUUCCUUUUCCCCCAUUUUAGCCACAAUCACCGUUUCUUUACUUUUUUUUUUUCUUCCUUCCAUAUCCGUUUGAAAAGAAAAAAGAAAUCCCCAAUCGCACUCUUCCUAUCUUUUUGUUUGUUUUUUUUUUUGUUUUCUGAAAGAGAAUUUGUGUUUGAGAAACAAAAUGGUAUUGGAGAAGCUGGGUUUGGUGUAAAGAAAUGAGGGGGUUGCGAGAUAAGGCAUUUGGGGUUAUGAAUUGUAAACGCGGUUCAUUGCCUCGAAACCACGUCGCUGUUGCCGUGCUCGAAUGCCGAUUCCGUUCGCGGUCGGCAUUCGAUUCUUUCUCCAUUGCCUCUGAAGCCUUCUCUGAGCAGCAUCAGCAACAACAAGAACGCCGUCGUUUCCUUCACAUCCUGGUCCUUUUAACGGCCAUUGCUUUGAUUGUUUAGUACCAAUCUCUCUUCACCCUCUGCACACCCCUUUUAAGAAAAAAAAGUGAAAAAAUUUAAAAUUUUGAAAAAAAAAAAGAAAUACAAUUUUUUCCUUUUCUUUUCGGUAGCUAUUUGGUUCUUAUCAGGAAUGAAUUCUGGGUUAGAAUUGGUAAUGCCAGCGAAUGAUGGAAUGUUUUAUACUUCUGAAGCAGAACCCGAUUUCGUAGAAAGAGAUCCUACGGGUCGUUACAUUCGGUCAGAUGAAGUCUUGGGCAAGGGUGCAUUUAAGACAGUUUAUAGGGCAUUUGAUGAAGUUGAUGGAAUAGAAGUUGCCUGGAACCAAGUAAGGAUCGAUGAUGUCUUGCGGUCGCCAGAAGAUUUGGAAAAACUGUAUUCUGAAGUUCAUCUCUUGAGAUCAUUGAAAAAUGAAAACAUCAUCAAGUUGUACAAUUCAUGGGUGGAUGACAAGAAGAAAACUGUUAACAUGAUCACUGAGCUAUUCACGUCUGGGAGUUUAAGGAUAUAUCGAAAGAAGCAUAGAAACGUUGAUAUGAAGGCCUUAAAGAACUGGGCAAGGCAGAUUCUUCGAGGCCUAGUGUAUCUUCACAGUCGUGCCCCCCCUAUUAUUCAUAGGGAUUUAAAGUGUGAUAAUAUUUUUGUUAAUGGGAAUAAUGGAGAAAUUAAAAUUGGUGACCUUGGCUUGGCAAUUGUCAUGCAGCAGCCAACUGCUCGGAGUGUUAUUGGUACCCCUGAAUUUAUGGCUCCAGAGCUCUAUGAGGAGGAAUAUAAUGAACUGAUAGAUGUAUACUCUUUUGGAAUGUGUAUGUUAGAGAUGGUUACUUUCGAGUAUCCAUAUAACGAAUGCAAAAAUCCAGCACAGAUCUAUAAGAAAGUUAUAUCUGGCAUUAAACCUGCUUCCCUGGGUAAGGUGGUUGAUCCACAAAUAAAGGAAUUCAUUGAGAAAUGUCUGGUACCAGCAUCUGAGAGAGCGUCAGCAAAGGAGCUCUUGGAGGAUCCAUUUCUUAAAGUAGAGAACCCAAAGGAACCAAUCCGACUUCCCCUGCAACUACCCAACCCAAGUUCAAAAGCAAUAAACGUAUCUGCGUCAGGGCCUUCUUCCAUGGACAUAGAUACUGACUAUAAGCAGCUUUCUAUAAGCACAUGCACUGGAAGCAAUAGUGAGAGUCCUCAGUGUCCUGUUUUGGAGUUCCAGAGGAUGCAUAAGAACAAUGAAUUCAGGUUGAGAGGGAAAAAGGAUGAUGAUAACUCAGUUUCAUUGACCUUGCGAAUUGCUGAUUCUUGCGGUAGAGUCAGAAACAUACAUUUUCUCUUUUACCUUGAUAGCGAUACGGCACUCUCAGUUGCAGCUGAGAUGGUUGAACAACUAGAGUUAACAGACCAUGAUGUUGCCUUCAUAGCUGAGUUUAUCGAUUACUUGAUAAUGAAACUUCUACCUGGUUGGAAGCCCUCCUCUGAUUAUCCAUUGAGUGGAACUGCAGGUCCAUGUGGUGAGUUUUCAGUUUUUGGAAGCUGCAAAACCUCAAUACCCUGCCCGCCGGAUGCAUUUCCAGCAUGUGAUCCUAUAGCGGUGGUUGCGAAAGAAAGUGUCUCUGCACUAAAUACAAGCCUCCAAGGAGGUGUCAUACAAGCCCGAGAUGGUUUCAAUAAUGAGUAUCUUUCUUCUUUAGAAGAUCAAGAGUCACAAGCAUCAGUCAUUUCCGAUAUACUGGUUGAGGUGAUUUCUACUAAGAAUGCUAAGUCGUCUGAGGCUGCUGACUCAAAAAUAAAAGGAAUCUGUAAAGAUUUAGGUGGAUAUAUAUCUGAGCAAGACCUUCAGGAUACUUGUUAUGAUGAAUGCAACUCAAGAAGAAAUGAUAGCAGUACAGAAGAGUGCAUACCAGUUAAUGAAUUUGUGAAGACUUCAGGGUUCUCUUUCACCGAUUUAGUUAUGAGUUUGCCAAGUAGCUGCUCAUCCCAGUAUACAGUGGACAAAGAUCUAGAUGUUGAACUAAAAUUGGAGCUUGAUGCAGUUGAGGCACAGUAUCAACAUUGGUUUCAAGAGCUUUCCAGGAUGAGAGAGGAAGCAUUGGAGGCUAUUAAAAAGAGAUGGAUGGCAAAGAAAAAGUUGGCUGUUCAGUGAAAAGGAACAUGAACAAUUUUCUUCUUACUAUUCUGUUUUCAUUGUUGUUUAUCUUGUCGUUUUUCCCCCUUUAAGAAUUGUGAUGUCAUCAACUUAAACCUCUUGCAUUGGAUGCGGCUCUUUUUUGACAGUCGUGAUCCUUCUUGAUCAAAAUUUAUGUUUAUUUAGUGAUAAUUAUAGCAACAAGUUAUUUUGCUUGUUGAGAUGCCAUGGGUUUGUCACCCCAGUGUUGUUUCUAGUUAAUCGUAUGGGAUUUUGACCCUCCAUUGUACCAAAAAAAAA